CUUUGAACCUGCAAAAGCAGCCAGGCCUGUACCCCAGCAGCAAGCAGACGCGGUUGAUUUGCAGCCGUGCACCUCAAGGCCACUGGUACAUCCAGCAGGCCCCUGGUGAUAUCUAGGCGCGCUACAAUUUUGGACGACGUCUUGUCUCGAGGGAGAAUCUACGCUGGUUAUCUGUUACCGCCUUGAGCAACUUCAGAAUGGAGGUUUUGACGGAGCGCACCCGCAGCUUUUCUCCUCACGUACUCCUUGCCGAAGAUGACGAUUUGACACUGCGGAUCGUGGAGCAGCUGCUGAAGCAGUGCAACUACAGAGUCACGGUGGCAAGGAAUGGCCAGGAAGCUCUGGAUAUCCUGCAGCACAAUGACAAGCAUUGUUUCGACCUGAUUCUGACAGACAUAAUGAUGCCAAAGGUGGACGGCAUGGAUUUGGUUUGUGAGGUGAACCAGCGCAAAGUUUGGAGCCAUCUGCCAGUCAUAGUCAUGUCGAGCGAGCAGAGCCAGGAGGCCAUCUGCAAGGCCUUCACUGUGGGCGCCGCAGACUACCUCAUCAAACCCAUCAGGAAGAAUGAGGUCGCCACGCUGUGGCACCACAUCUGGCGCAAGGUCAUGGCCGCAGGAACAGAGAACCUGGAAGGCCAUGCAGCGGGGUGGAUCAGUGCAAAGUACCGCCACGAUGUGCUGUCAGCCGCAUCGCUGGACGCAGCCAGCAUACCUCAGCAGUGUGCCACAGGCACCGCUGAGUGCGACGCACAGAGAGCAGCCCUGCCGCCCAAGAAGCGGCCGCGGCUGUUGCAUGACUGUGGCAGCUCAGCGGUGCAGACAGCAGUCAUGUCUGCCAUGAGUCAGCCUCAGGCAUCAGUCAUGGAAGCUAGCACAGCGGCGCCGCUAGAAGCCACCCUGAAGCGCGCGGAGAGUGAAGCCUCAGACAGCGGCGCCAGUGAGGGAGGGCAGCUGCGUGGGAGCAGCUACCAGGAGGCUUGGGCCGGCGAAGCCAUGCAGGUGUCCUUCGUGCGCCCACAUGAGGCGCCGGUUUUCGGCAGCAACGCGGGCGCGGCGCGCGGCGGGUGGAAUUUCCUGCCGCGCAUACUCUCGGCCCCUAGCAUCCUGGCAGUGGAGCGCCUGCACUGCGCGCAGCUGGACACUUCCACCGCAGCCACCAGCGGCCACAAGCGGCUGUGCAUGGAGGACAAUGGUUGCGAUCGUCGGGAGGCCGUGUGCGCAGUCAGCGAUGACUCAGGCGCCAGUGAGAUGACCGGGGAUGCUGCCGCGCUGACGGACGGCGCCGCAAGUGCCGCGGCGUUCCCUCUCAACGGGUGUGAAUCACUGGGAGUGAGUAGUCGCAUGGUGGUGUCAGUUGACCUGGAGAUUGCGCCCCUCAACCUGGCCCCCUGGCCCUCCACUGCCGGUCCCCUCGUUGUGGAGGGUCCUCCAAGCAGCACCGCCGGUUCCACAGACCUGGGCCAGAUGCAGGCGCGCUCCUACUAG